CCGUUGACGUAAACUGAUGUGACAUCUCAAUUUCCGGCAGUGUUUUAGGUGCAAAUGCCAAAGAAAAAUUCCUCCGAGACUUCUGACAAAGUAAAUUACCGCAAGGCAAUCCCUGGUGUUAUCUUUUCAGGUUAUGGCACGUGUGGGCUGUUCGCACGAUAUGAAUACGAGACAACCAAACAUCCUGUUAACAGGGACCCCUGGUGUUGGAAAAACAACCCUGGGGAAGGAGCUGGCUCAGCGGACCGGGCUCACCUAUGUUAAUAUAGGUGAGCUGGCUCAGGAAGGAGAACUUUAUGAUGGCUAUGAUGAAGAGUACCAGUGCCCUAUAUUGGAUGAAGACAGGGUAGUGGAUGAGCUAGAUGAGAAGAUGACGCAUGGAGGUGUGAUUGUAGACUAUCAUGGCUGUGACCUCUUCCCCGAACGCUGGUUUCACAUUGUCUUCGUCCUCAGAACAGACAAUACUCAGCUCUACACACGGCUCGAAAGCAGGGGCUACACAGGAAAGAAGCUGCAGGACAACGUGCAGUGUGAAAUCUUUCAGACCAUCUAUGAGGAGGCAAUUGAGGCCUACAAAGAGGAGCUUGUCCACCAGCUACCCAGCAACACUCCUGAGGACCUGGAAAGCAACUUGGAGCAGAUCGUGCAGUGGACUAAACGGUGGCUAAAAGACCACAAUUAGAGUGGAAAAGUGCUACCUUGGAUAACUGGCUGUCAGAUAAAAUAUGUUUGAACAAAAUAAUUUGUGCCCGUUUUCAACCUGUACCCUUUUUUUUUUAUCAGUCCUGCCAUUGUGAAAACUAUUCACAUA